AUGCCCGCCUCCUUGCGCUCCUUCAGGGGCUCGAACCGACCACCGAACAGCUACAGGGACCCGCAGCUGUCGCCUACGCUGUCGACGACGACUGUUGCAUCCCGACUCGACUUGGGCGAGGAUGGGCCGAAGACGAUUGUGACGAGGGCAGACCUCCGCGAGUCAGUCGCAGCGUACGAAGGCCUCCUGAGUUCCGCGAAAGCCUAUCGAAACGCCCUCAUCGCCAUGUCAGCCGCCUCGACGAACCUUGCAGGAGCACUGGGAGAGUGUGCGAGGGUCAAGGGCGCGGCGGAUAGCGGAGAGGGGUUGAUGGCUGCGAGCGGACUGCACUACAUGGUCGCCAACUCGGGUCAGGUCUUGAGCGACACACUGUACCGAUCAGUCGAGCUGCCCCUCCUCACGGCCUACGAUUCCUACGUCGCCGACAUUGCGGCUCGACACGCCGAGUACGAGGACUUGCUCAAGGAGAAGACGGCCAAGAUCAGGGAGACUGAGGCGGAGAACAUGCGGCAAGGGAGGAAGAAGACACGAGAUCUCGACCAGUUCCGACGGGCGCUCGCAAAGCUGACGGAGCAGGUGGCUGAGGUCGAGGUGUGCAAGCGGAGUUACUACUCGGAGGUGCUGCAGAACGAGACAGAGAUGUGGGGCAUGAUCAGUAACAAGGUCUCCCUCCUCGUCCGCUCGACCCUCGACCUCUCCGACCGCCUCGCCUCGAAAGCGACGUCCGACCCCGUCAUCGAGUCGAUGCUGAACGAACACCCAGACCCCUUCGAUUCCUUCCGCCUCGACCGCGACGAAUCCCGCGACGUCUUCACUAUCCUCCCACCGAUGAACCUCGGUGCAGGUCCUUCAGCGGCCUCGUCGGUGUCCGGCAAGAAAGUCUUGUCGGACGGGGCUUCGACUCGUUCGCUGGAUGGGGACGAGACGGCGCGCCCGAUGACGCCGAAGCAGUUUGCAAAGACUCCGAUGUCGGUGUCGCAGGUGUUGGGACUCGACCAGCUGGACGAGGACGAGCACCACCGCACGCCUCGAGCGAAAGGCUCGGAACGACCGGCGCCGGAUAACGACCUCGACGACCGCUCCUCAGGUCGUGCGGCGUCCUCCAGUCCUCUUCACAGCCGCAAGCCGUCAAUGGAGCAGCCCGACUCGGCCCUCCCGUCCACCUCCUCCUCGACGCCCUCGCCCGCCCUCCUGCCAACCGAUUCUCCCGCCCUGCACGACUCAGUCGACUCACUCGCUUCCGCCUCGUCGAAACUCUUCGAUCCACCUUCCCUCACCACCGAAGCAGCGCCCUUCUCGACCCUCUCAUCAUCCUCACGGGCAGACAAGUCCAGUCCGCGCAAAAACGGUCGCCGGGGCCUGUCCCGCGUCAGCGAGGCGCAUGAUCCUCCGGCGGACCCGAUGGCGGGCGACUGGGGCGCGCCGGUGUAUGGACGAUCUUUGUCGCCUGGGAUGAACGGCGGGAGCGGGUACGAGAGCGGGGAGGAGGACGCCGCUGCGUGGACGGGCUGA